UUUGAAUUUUCUCAUUAUUUUUUAUGCUCAUGCAUCUGCCAAAGAAUAAUAAUCUCACCAUAAUAUCUUUCAACUCCAUCUUCAACUCUUUUUUUUUUUUUUCUAACUCUCCAAACAUCAUUGUUGAUACAUUUUUUUUUGCAUAUAAAAAGAAAAUAAAACAGAAUUUCUCUGUUUUUAUAUAUAAAGGAAAUUUCCUUUUGUGGUAAGUGAUUAAUGGAAAAUAUGAAUAUUAAAGAAGGGAAUAAUCAACAUAUGAAUGUUACAAAUUCAUGUAGUGGGAAUAAUAAUAAUAAUAAUAAUAAUUCAAUAGGUGGAAGAGACAGUUCAUCUUCACCUACAAAUUUUCAACAAAAUCAAGUUUCAAUGGAUUGGACUCCAGAAGAACAAGCUACUUUGGAGGAAGGCUUGGUAAAAUACGCCUCUGAGACGAGCAUAUCCCGUUAUGCAAAAAUUGCAAUUGCACUGAAGAACAAGACUGUUCGUGAUGUGGCAUUACGAUGCAAAUGGACCACGAAAAAGGAAAACAGCAGGAGAAGGAAAGAUGAUGCAAAUCUAUUGAAGAAAAAUAAAGAUAGAAAGGAAAAAUUGAUUGAUCCUACUGCAGUAUCGUCCCCCGUGGUAAUGCAGCAGCCUAGUUAUGCUCCAUACACUCAAGGAGUGGUUUCUAAUAAGUGUGAAGGUUUCGCAUCGUACCAUGCCACACAGCUUAUUCAUCAAAACGCCCGGAUCUUCGAACAAAUUUCUGCAAAUCUUGUUACACAUCAAAUACACGAGAAUACUCGACUUUUGUGUCAAGCUCGAGAUAACAUCUUCAAGAUUCUACAUAAGUUGAAUGAGUCGUCCUGCACGCUGAAGCAGAUGCCACCACUCCCAGUUAAGUUAAAUGAAGAACUCGCAAACUCCAUUCUUCCCCCCUCAACUCAUGCAUUGGGGGUGAUCAUCUCACAAUAG